GAAUUGGUGGCCAUAUCACCGGAAAGACGUAAUUGGCGCGGCAUAUUUAUUGCCCUGCUAGUAAUAGCGGCUGUCUUCAGUUUAAUUAUAUUUUCAAUAUUUUUACUAUCACCAGAGGAUGAAGCUUUACGCUUACGUGGCGUCAGAUUAACAUUAAGUGAUAUUUUAAGUAAACGCUUACAAUGGAAACCAUUUAAUGGUACAUGGCAUAGUGACAAUGAAUUAGUUUUUCGAGAUCCCACUGGUGGUCUGUCUAUAUUAAACUUAGAUAACUAUACAACGCGUGUUUUAAUGACCAACUCAUCAUUUAGGCAAUUGAAUGCUGAAUCAUUUCUAGUAGCACCAGAUCUUAAAUAUGUUCUACUGCAACACGACAGCAGUGCGGAGGGAUCAAG